AACACCUUGAACCCCAGGGAGCACUGUGAGCUCCAGGGAACACUGUGAGACCAGGGGAACACCGUGAGCCUUUGGGGAGCGCCGUGAGCCUCAGGGAACACCGUGAGUCCCGAGGAGCACCGUGAGACCAGGGGAACACCGUGAGCCCCAGGGAGCACCCUGAACCCCAGAGAACACCGUGAGCCCCAGGGAGCACCCUGAACCCCAGAGAACACCGUGAGCUCCAGGAAGAGCAGUGAGUUCCAGAGACCACCGUGAACCCCAGGGCUGCUGGUCCCCCACAGCCAUGAGCCUGGAGCCCCCCAAGCUGGAGGUCAAAUCGGCCACGAGGGUGAGCGGGGGUCCUGCCACCCCCCGCAAGGGACCCCCCAAGUUCAAGCAGAGGCAGACGAGGCAGUUCAAGAGCAAACCCCCCAAAAAGGGGGUGCAGGGGUUUGGUGACGACAUCCCAGGCAUGGAGGGGCUGGGAACAGACAUCACUGUCAUCUGUCCCUGGGAAGCCUUCAGCCACCUGGAGCUGCACGAGCUGGCUCAGUACGGAAUCAUUUAGGAUUUGGGCAGACUCACCUGCCCUGUAGUGCUGUGUAGGUCGAGGCCCCCCUGCCCAUGCUGGGGAGGGGGAGUUCAGCUUGGAAAAACGCU